AUGAAUCUUGAUUCAUCAUUUUAUGCAAAAGUAUUGCAUAAUUAUGAACCACAAUUAAGUAUUUUACGAGAAAAAACUCGUUUAUUGAAUGCCCGAUUAUUGACUUCAUUUACACCAUUACAAUUAGUUGCAUUAACAUCAUUGGCUACCGCAUUAGGUAUUGGCCUCUAUCGAUUUUUAUAUGGACAUGAUGAAGAUCUUCCUACACGUAUCAAAUUAGCAAUAUUUCGAUUGGCUCGUCGUAUACCUGCUGUACGGCAACAAAUUACUAAAGCACGUGAUGAUACAUUAAAAUCAGUUUAUGAUAGUAUGGCAAAAAGUACUAAAGGACAUAAAUUUGCAAAUGCUUUACCACAAAAAGGACUUACAAAAGAUGAACUUUUGAAAAAACUUGAAAAAUAUCGAAACUUCGAACGUAUUAAUUAUGAAUCUGGUAAUGUUUCUGGUUGUGUUUAUAAAAUAUCAACUCCUAGUACAACAGAAAUUUAUAAUGCAGUUUUUGAAUUAUUCGGUGAAACGAAUCCACUUCAUGCUGAUGUUUUUCCAGAUAUUCGUACAAUGGAAGCUGAAGUUGUUCGAUGUGUAGCAACUAUGUUUCAUGGUGAUGAGAAUGCUUGUGGAACGAUGACAUCGGGUGGUACAGAAUCUUUAUUAAUGGCUUGUAAAACUUAUCGUGAUCUAGCUAAAUCAAAAGGAAUUACAAAGCCUGAAAUUAUUAUGCCUGUAACAGCUCAUCCAGCUUUUAACAAAGCUUGUGCUUAUUUUAAAAUAAAAUUAAUACGUAUUCCAGUUGAUCCUAUAACACUCGAAGUUGAUCUUAAAAAGAUGCGUCGAGCAAUUACAAGAAAUACAUGCAUGCUUGUUGCUUCUGCACCAAAUUUUCCACAUGGUGCUAUUGAUCCAAUUGAAGAUAUUUCUAAAAUUGCACUUGAAUAUGGUAUACCAUUACAUGUCGAUGGUUGUUUAGGUGGUUUUCUUAUUGCUUUUAUGGAUGAAGCUGGUUUUCCAUUGAAACCAUUUGAUUUUCGUGUACCAGGUGUAAUGAGUAUCAGUUGUGAUACACAUAAAUAUGGUUUUACACCAAAAGGAGCAUCCGUUAUUCUUUAUCGAACUCCUGAAAUUCGUGUACAUCAAUUUUAUGCAUUAGGUGAUUGGCCAGGUGGUAUCUAUGCAUCACCAUCCGUUGCUGGUAGUCGUUCAGGAUAUUUAAUCGCUUGUUGUUGGGCUACACUUAUGUAUUAUGGCCAUGAAGGUUAUGUUGAAGAAACACGAAAAAUUAUUGAAGUAACACGAUAUAUUGCCGAUGGUUGGAGUAAAAUUCCAGGUCUUCGUCUUUUACAUAAUCCUGAUGUCAGUGUUGUUGCUGCUGGUUCAGACAUAUUCAAUAUUUAUUAUUUAAUCGAUGGAAUGAUUGCUAAAGGAUGGCAUUUAAAUGGUUUACAAAAUCCAGCUGGUAUACAUAUUGCUAUUACACAACUUCAUACACAAGCAGGUGUUGCAGAUAGACUUCUACAAGAUACACGAGAUUGUGUUGCAGAAAUUUUGAAAUCAGAUAAUAAAAAUGAUACACCUACAGCUGUAAUUUAUGGUACAAGUCAAAAAGUACCUGACAAAUCCAUUGUCUGUGAUAUGGCUAAAUUAUUUAUUGGCGCAUGUUAUGAAACGCGUAUACCAUCUGCAACAAAAAAUGAAUGA